UAGCAGUUUUGCUCUGGGAUUCUCGGUGGUGGAAUGCCUUGCGUUUGCCUCUGCAGACUAUCCUGAACAUCAGAGGAAGUAAUGGCUUUCUCUCUUUAACUAUAAACAGAGGUUCAGAGAGCUAAAAGUCUGCAUAACAAAAAAUGUAACAAAACCCAGUUAUUUGUAUAACAGCUGGUUCAGUACUCUUGGUAUGUAUUUUACUGUAUUCUGCAUAUAUUUCUGUAAGUGUUCUAUGCUGAGAUCUGUCUUGGUCACAGUCUUCUGUGUUGCAAAGUAAUUUGUCACCCUAGAGACAGUUUUGAAAAGCACCCAUCAUUUUGUGUGUGUUUGUUUUUAGGACUGGAACUAAAGGGGAAGAUUAAAGUAUAUGUCUAGUGCUUUCCUGAAGAGAGGUCUGAAAUAUAUUUUGUUUUCUCUCUGAUGAGAGAAUGCUUAUCUACCUUGACUUGUCUGAUACACCCAGUUACUGUUGUCAGCUAUGGAAUAGUAUCUUGCGUGAUGGUAGCUAGUACUUAAAAUGAUCACAUGUUUUUAUUGCUUUGUAAUAUGAAGUGAUAUCCCUACCUUACUUCUGCAGGUGACUAUUACAUGGUUAAGAAACUGUUAGAGGAAAACAGCUCAGGUGAAAUGAACAUAAAUUGUGUGGAUGUGCUUGGGCGAAAUGCUGUUACCAUAACCAUUGAAAAUGAAAACUUGGACAUACUACAGCUGCUUUUAGAUUAUGGCUGCCAGUCCUCAGAUGCACUUUUGGUGGCUAUUGACUCAGAAGUGGUGGGAGCUGUUGAUAUUCUACUUAAUCACCGACCAAAACGAUCCUCCAGACCAACCAUUGUGAAAUUAAUGGAGCGCAUUCAGAACCCAGAGUACUCAACAACCAUGGAUGUAGCACCAGUAAUUUUAGCUGCUCAUCGUAACAACUAUGAAAUUCUCACCAUGCUGUUGAAGCAAGACAUAUCAUUACCCAAACCCCAUGCUGUGGGCUGUGAGUGCACACUGUGCACUGCCAAGAACAAAAAAGACAGUCUGCGGCAUUCCAGGUUUCGUCUCGACAUUUAUCGGUGUUUGGCCAGUCCUGCCUUAAUAAUGUUGACAGAGGAGGAUCCAAUUCUAAGAGCUUUUGAACUUAGUGCAGACUUGAAAGAAUUAAGCCUUGUUGAAGUUGAGUUCAGAAAUGAUUAUGAGGAGCUUGCUCAGCAGUGCAAAACCUUUGCUAAAGAUUUACUUGCACAAGCACGGAAUUCCCGGGAGCUGGAAGUCAUUCUGAAUCACACCUCCAGUGAUGAACAUGUAGACAAACGAGGAUUGUUGGAAGAGAGGAUGAACUUAAGCCGCUUAAAACUUGCAAUCAAGUAUAAUCAAAAAGAGUUUGUUGCUCAGUCCAACUGCCAGCAGUUUCUCAACACGGUGUGGUUCGGGCAGAUGGCCGGCUAUCGGCGCAAGCACACUUGCAAGAAGAUCCUGACUGUUCUGAUGGUUGGCAUUUUCUGGCCAGUUCUGUCCCUAUGUUACUUGUUAGCUCCUAAAUCUCGAGUAGGUCGAAUAAUUCACACUCCUUUUAUGAAGUUUAUUAUUCAUGGAGCUUCAUAUUUCACAUUUCUGUUAUUACUUAAUUUGUACUCCCUUGUCUACAAUGAGAAUAAGAAGAAUACAAUGGGACCAGCCCUUGAGAGAAUAGACUAUCUUCUGAUAAUAUGGCUUAUUGGAAUGGUGUGGUCAGAUGUUAAGAGGCUCUGGUAUGAUGGUUUAGAAGAUUUUUUAGAAGAAUCCCGCAAUCAGCUUAGUUUUGUCAUGAAUUCCCUGUAUUUGGCAACUUUUGCCCUCAAAGUUGUUGCCCAUAACAAGUUUCAUGAUUAUGCUGAAAGGAAGGACUGGGAUGCAUUCCAUCCUACCCUAGUGGCAGAAGGUCUUUUUGCCUUUGCCAAUGUUCUUAGUUACCUGCGUCUCUUCUUCAUGUACACAACCAGCUCCAUUCUGGGACCACUCCAGAUUUCAAUGGGCCAGAUGCUACAAGAUUUUGGAAAAUUUCUAGGCAUGUUUCUUCUUGUCUUGUUCUCAUUCACAAUUGGAUUGACCCAACUUUAUGAUAAAGGAUUUACUGUAAAUGAAGAAAAGGACUGUGCGGGCAUUUUCUGUGAACAACAGAGCAAUGACACAUUCCAUUCGUUUAUUGGUACAUGUUUUGCUCUCUUCUGGUACAUAUUCUCCCUGGCACAUGUCGCAAUCUUUGUGACACGUUUUAGCUACGGUGAAGAAUUACAGUCUUUUGUGGGUGCUGUUAUUGUUGGGACCUACAACGUGGUGGUUGUGAUAGUAUUAACUAAACUCCUUGUGGCAAUGCUUCACAAAAGUUUUCAGCUGAUUGCAAAUCAUGAAGAUAAGGAGUGGAAGUUUGCUCGUGCCAAGCUUUGGCUUAGCUACUUUGAUGAUAAAUGCACGCUCCCUCCACCUUUCAACGUUAUACCCUCUCCCAAGACUAUUUGUUACCUUUUCAACAGUCUCAGUAAAUGGAUCUGCUCUCAUACAUCAAGUGGCAAAGUGAAACGUCAGAACAGCCUCAAGGAAUGGAGAAAUCUGAAGCAGAAGAGAGAUGAGAAUUACCAAAAGGUGAUGUGUUGCUUAGUCCACCGUUACUUGACUUCCAUGAGGCAGAAAAUGCAAAGUACGGAUCAGGCCACGGUGGAAAACCUCAAUGAACUGCGGCAGGACUUGUCAAAAUUCCGGAAUGAAAUGAGAGACCUGCUUGGCUUCCGAACUUCUAAGUAUGCUAUGUUUUAUCCAAGAAACUAAGGCCUAACUUCCAGACAAAAGGUGUGUGCUUUUAGAUACCCAAAGGUGAAAGUGUUGACCUAAUUCUGUUGCCA